AUGGCAGGAGUCUGCUCGUUGGGGUGAUGUCACCUCAUCAGGGAACUCGUUCCUCUGCAAAUCCCAAUCCAGACUGGAGCUGGGCUUUCCCCUGAUCACCCCGAGGGAAUCCGCCCACAGGAUCAACAACAGCUGAUGGUGGAGGGUGGGAAAACAUAUAAAGCUCCUUGGGAGAAGCUCUCUGGAUCUGUCCUGGCUGCCUGGAUCUGCUCUCAGCAUGAAGAAACUCCUGGUGGGAUUCCUGCUGGGCCUGGCGUUCGUGGAGUUGGCCCAGUCCCUGCAAUGUUAUGUGUGCAAGCAGCCCACAGACAUUUCCCAGUGCAGGACACCCGUCACGUGUCCCCCAAGAGCCACCGUGUGCACCACGACCCUGCACUCCGUGGACUUAGGUUAUCCCUUUUUUGGCAACAUCACCGUGACCAGGGACUGUGAGGAGGAAUGCCUCUCCUACGAUGGGAUAGGGGCCCAAAAGCCCAAAUCCUGCUGCUACACUGACCUGUGCACAGAUGACACCAAGAGCAGCAGUGGGGUGAGGAGCAGCUCUGCAGCGCUGGCUCUGGUGGCACUGGUGGCUGGCACGGUCCUUCAGUGCUCCCUGUGAGGUCACAAGUGUCCCAGCUCCAGCUGAAAGCCCACCACUCUCCCUGCCAAGCUGCCUCAUGAACUCUUAGAUGCUUUGGGAAUGUCCUUCUUUGCUGACGGGUGGCUUCACCCCAUCUUCAACGCUGGAUUCAAGCCAAGAAUGGACUUAAACCUGGAC